AUGUCCCGACACCUCAAUGCCGAUUUACUGACAAGUGACACUGAUUACCCCUCCGGAGUAACUUUUUGCAGCCAGGUAAAGGAGUGGGCAAAAGACAAACUUGCAGAUCAGGCUGCCGGCAUUACUGAUGUUAUACAAGAGAAAGGAGAAUCAGUGGAAAGAUUUCAUGCAAGACUGUUUCAAAUGUUUACAGAUUUGGGCUUUGAUCGUACCGACAAGAUUCAUUCACAAAUGCUGUCAGGUGCAUUUGUCCAAGGUGUAAAGGAUUAUAUUCGUAAGGGAAUCAUUGCUGCACGCCCUGAAUAUAAGGUAGUCUCUCUGGAUACCCUACUUUUAGUUGCCAGGGGUCUAGAGUCUGCACAGGCUCCCAAAAAACAGACUUCGGUUUCUUCCUCAGCCCCUCUCAUGGUGUCCCGCUUCACCCCUGUCCCAAGAGGUACCAAACCUGAGGAUGGUUUCUGUUUCAAUUGCAAGGCUAAAGGUCACUUCAAAAAUGAGUGCCCGGAACCCAGAAAGGCGCCCAAGCCUGCACCUGCCCAUAA